CCUGAAAAGCGCAUUUUUCACGCUUUAAGCCCUUGUGUGUUUCCUGAAACCGCUUUUUUCAGGAAUAGUUUCAGUUGCAUGUCAAGCGUGCGUUUGCGCUCUAGUCUUUCAAGAAACAGUGGCAAAUACAAGUCCGGCAACGCUCAUCACAUUGACACAUCAAAGUGCGACGUUAUCCUUCAGGAGUCCUGACGCCCACUUCGAUGCCAACAUCCUGAAAACAAUACAAAAAUUGCGACUCUACUCAUUGUCAAACCCUGCAACAAGGUGGCGGCAACCGACGUGAAAGUAGCCCCUGAUAUGUCAACAGCUGUAACAAAUGGACACCAGGCCCCUUCGGAGGAUUUUGCCAAACAUGUAUUCGGAGCGCAUGAACGUGGACACGCUGAGCUGGUGGAGGAGGACACGAAAAUGUGCGGCAAAAUCCUAACAGUCCUGUCCUGGAUGAUCGUCGUUUUGACGAUGCCCUUCUCCCUCUUCGUCUGCUUUAAGGUCGUUCAAGAGUACGAAAGGGCCGUCAUUUUUCGCUUAGGUCGUCUCUUGUCCGGAGGCGCCAAAGGGCCAGGAAUUUUUUUCAUCUUGCCGUGUAUUGAUGCCUACGCCAGGGUUGACCUGCGGACCAGGACCUACGACAUCCCUCCACAAGAGGUUCUGACCAAAGACAGCGUGACCGUCUCCGUGGACGCCGUGGUCUACUACCGCGUAUCCAACGCCACCGUCUCCAUAGCCAACGUGGAGAACGCUCACCACUCGACUCGCCUCCUCGCCCAGACCACCCUCCGCAACAUCAUGGGCCAACGUCCCCUCCACGAGAUCCUCAGCGAGCGCGAGAGCAUCUCCCAGCACAUGAAGGCCCUCCUCGACGAGGCCACCGACUCCUGGGGCAUCAACGUGGAACGAGUUGAAAUCAAAGACGUGCGACUGCCCAUCCAGCUGCAGAGGGCCAUGGCAGCUGAAGCUGAAGCUGCUCGUGAGGCCCGUGCUAAAGUCAUCGCCGCCGAGGGCGAGCAGAAGGCCUCCAGGGCCUUGCGAGAGGCCUCGGAGGUGAUUGGGGAUUCCCCGGCUGCGCUCCAGCUCAGAUACUUGCAGACUUUGAACUCGAUAUCGACGGGAAAAAAUUCGACAAUUGUGUUCCCCAUCCCGCUUGAUAUUGUCUCAUAUUUUCUCAAGUUCGAAGAAGGAAUGGAGAAUUUUCUAAAAUAGAGAGGAGUAAAUGUGUCCUUGCACCAACGGUGUCCUUGAAACCUGACGAUGUAAAUUUAUGUUCAAGCACGGUGUUCACACUAUGAUAUGGUUGUGCUAGAAUUAGUGCCAAUAUUCGCAUGUUAGUUCAUAGUAAAUGUAAACGCACUGUAGGGAUUUGAAAGGUCCGAGAACUAAAAAGUACACAGUUCAAUGCCAAAAGUAGUGCCAAAUUUAUCACUGUGGUGCGAUAAAUCAAAAGUGGAGAUUACAGGGUCAUUGAUAGUGUGUCUCUUUAGGAACUGGUUUACAUAAAUUAAUCAAACAUAUUAAAUAAGGUUGUGCCUAAAACGAAAGUUGAUUUUUAUUUUAGUUUUGUACAAAAUUGGGAACAAAAUGCACAAUAAUUACGUUUUUGACUUUAGUUUAAUUAUGAUGUAUUUCAUAAUCAAAGGAGUGUUAGUUAUUGUUACAUAGUUAAAAAAUGUUGGUUAUAAAAAUAUUUACCGUUAUAAGUGUGUUAAAAACAAAUGAAUUUAAAAUAGUCUAGUUAAACCAAGUGGUUGUAUCAUCUGCAGCAAGUGAGUUGGAAUUUUUUUGUUUCUGCUUUUUUCAUCAGAAAAAUACAAAAUACGUCUUCUCAAAUCAAGAAUGCUAGACUAGGUCGGAUCAGGUCAGGUCAGGUCAGGUCAGGUUACCUAAAGUCAAAAGUGUUUUUUUUGGAAAAAUAAAAAAACCUGGCAAAAGGCUUAGUGGUUCUAUUUUCUAGUUGAGAUAUACUGUUUUUACAAAGCCAAUGACAUGUCUUAAAUAGACCUUGACUAAGUCAGGUCUGGUCUAAGUACUUUUUAAGAUAAAUUCAGUUUAAUAUGUUUUAUAUUAGAAAUUUUAAUACAGAAAGUUUUUUGUUUUUGAUUUUUUCGUAAUUUGAGGAAAAUACAAAAUACGUUUUUUCAAAUCAAGAAUGCUAAACCAGGUUUGGUCAGGUCAGGUCAGAUCUUGACUGUAUAAACUAAGUAAGUGUAAGCAAUUUUAUAAAAAAAAUUUUUUAAUAAUUCUAAUAUUUUACAGUUUAUUUUUCUCUCAGUCGUUUCUCUAAGAAAAAAACGAAAAGAGUGUAUAUGUUCUGUUAAGACAGAUAAUAUAUUCGACUUAGAUCAGGUCAGGUCUGGUCUAAGAAAUUUUGUUUUGCAUAUUUUAUUUUUUGAUCGUUUCCUUGCAAAAAAUCUAAAAAAAAUCUACAAAAAAACCAGAUCAGGUGAAGCCAUUUGAAAGUUAAUACCAAUAAACUUUCAUUUUCAGAAAAAGUGAUACUUUUUACAACAAUAUAAAAGUUAUAAUGACGUCUCCUACAUUAAAUGGUCACUUUUUUUCGCAUAUUUUCUUUUAUUUUUUUCUGCAUAGUUUUUUAAGAAAAAUUUGGUAAAGGUAAUUAGUAUGUUUUGCAAAUGACGGUCAGUAUGUUGACCAAGUCAGGUCAGGUCUUAGAAAUUUUAUUUUCUAAUAUUUUACAGUUAUUUUUUUUAAAAUCGUUUUUCUGAGAAAAAGACGACAACAGUGUAUGAUAUGUUCUCUAUAAGACGGUAAAUGCACUAUUUUAUUAUUUUUUGAUCGAUUUUUGCAAAAAAUUCAGAAAUUUUUGUUUCUGAUUUUUUGAUCAGAAAAAUACAAAAUACGUCUUCUCAAAUCAAGAAUGCUAGACUAGGUCGGGUCAGGUCAGGUCAGGUCAAAAAAUUUUUUGCAAAGAGCCAGAUUAGGUAAAGCCAUUUGUAAGUUAUUACCAAUAAACUUUACUUUUCAGAAAAAGGUAUCCUUUUUACAACAAUAUAAAAGCAAUAAUAACGUGUUCUACAAUAAACGGUCAGUUUUUUUCGCAUAUUUUGUUUUAUUUUUCUCUUGAUAGUUUUUUCAAAAAAAAUCGAUAAGCGUAAUUGUAGUAUGUUUCACAUAUAACGGUCAGUACAUCUGACUUUGACUCAGUCAGGUCAGGUCUAAGCAAUUUUGUUUUUGAAUAUUUUACAGUUAAUUUUUUCUCCAUUGUUUCUCUGAGAAAAAGGUGAAAACGGAAUAUAAAAUGUCUUUUAUAAGGCGUUUAGUACAUUCGACUUUAGUCAAGUCAGGUCUAAGAAAUGUUUUUUUGCAUGUUUUAUUAUUUUUUGAUCGUUUCUUUGCAAAAAAAAUCAGAAAAAAUUAUAUUCUACAAAAAGCCAGAUCAAGUCAGGUCAUUUGAAAGUUAAUGCCAAUCAACUUUCUGUAUGUUAAUAACAACGAAUGUUCUGCAUAGGACGUCAGAUCUUAGCAAUUUUUUUGCGCAUUUGGUGGUGUUUUUUUAACUCUGUUGUAGUGAUACAGCACUAACUCUUCCAAAACUGAACGAACCUAAAAGACUUGUAUAUUAUCAAAUUUUGUCAAGUAGAUAUGGCCUAUACUUAUAUAAACAUCCAAAAUUUAUUACAAUUUUGUAUUACGCUUGCAACGUAAAUUGUACGUUUUUUGUUGUAGAAAUAAGAUGUAUAUGUAGAAGUAUAUUACAAUUUUUUGUAUUUGUUUGCUUCUUACAGCAAAUCACUCUAUCAACCUUGUGAAUGUAUACGGUAUAUGUAUGUACAGUUGAGAGCAAAAUUAACGUGAAAGGUAACACACGUUCACUUUAACGUUGCUUCCGACACGACUUCUUCACAUUUUUUGACAACACUGUAUCGUUUGAAAUAAAAAAUGAAACCACUUUGAA